AACCUAAAUGAAAACAGCCAUUUUCAUAACCCUCCUAUUCCUGGCCUGUACUUGUGCAGCAGAGACACUGCAAGAGAAGGAGGUCAGAAUGAUGCAGACUUAUAGGAAUAAUACUGAGAAAUUUGCAGAUAUUUUUAUAUCUCUGACUGAGUUUUUUAAUUACGUUGAGAUUGAGAAUGCGCAGAGGGUGCUUGAUACUGUGCAGGACUUUAUUGAUACGCAUAAGAAUCAGACUGGAGGUGCACUUGAUAUAAUCGAGUUAAUCACCUAUGAACUGUUGUAUUUCUCAACAGAUAUACGUGAAGAGCUAGCAAUCGGGACCCUUGAUCACCUUGGCAAGCUACAACAACAAAAGAUGGUCUUGAUUGAGAAAUUGAAGUCAGACCCAAGAGCUUCUUAUACAGUGUCGAAAAAUGCUUGCUUUAAGAACAAAAUUCAUCAAGCUUUUCUUCCAAGAGUCAUUAACCACAUUAAACAAGAUGAAGACUGCACUACUGUAUCUGACCUUAUCGCUGAGAGUGAGAUUGUGAACGAGAUGAACCCAAAAGUGAUCAACAAUAAGUGGGAGGGCUUCCUCAAAUUGCUAAGCUGCUGUCUCUCCUUAGUUCUAGUUCUGACCCUCCUCGCUCUUGGUUGUUUAAAGAUCCAAAAUAGAAGCAAAAGCCAGAAUGUAGAUCAACAACAGCCAAACAAUGCUCUCUUGGAAGGUCAGCAAAAUGAAGAAAAUAAAGAUGCUGAAAAUGGUAUCCAUGCCCAAAACUAAGCCUAAACCCCUUUCUCAAGAACAUGGCACACAUCCUAGGGUCCAAAAUCCAAUUCCAACCCUCUAAAACCCCUCAAAAAGCUACAACCCUCACCAGGCUGCCAUGUUCUAUAUAAAAAUUUCAGAAUUGUAAAUCAAUC